CAUCCCUCCUCACUACCAGGACCCCAGCCAGGCAGGAUGGCGGCGCCCAAACAAAUCGCCGGGGAGUUUGAAAACUGGUUGAACGAGCGGUUAGACUCCCUUGAAGUAGACCGAGAAGUUUACGGAGCAUAUAUUCUCGGAGUGCUUCAGGAAGAGGAAAAUGAUGAAGAGCAGAAGGAUGCUCUUCAGGGCAUUCUCUCCGCUUUUCUGGAAGAAGACACACUUGAGGAGGUUUGCCAGCAGAUCCUAAAACAGUGGACUGAGUGUAGCAUCAGAUCUGCAGCGAAGAAUCAGGCAGAGGAUGAGGUUCAGGCCAUUGCCAGUCUGAUAGAGAAGCAGGCACAGAUUGUAGUCAAACAGAAGGUGUCGUCAGAGGCAUCCAAGAAGGGGAAAGAGGCUCUACUGGCUCAGUAUGCUAAUGUAACAGAUGAGGAAGAUGAAGAUGAGGAGGAACAAGUCGUGAUGGGAAUACCCAUUGAAAAAUCCCUGUUCAAAAACACCAAUGUCGAGGAUGUUUUAAACCGCCGCAAACAGCAGCGUGACGAAGCCAGAGAGGACGCACAGAAGAAGAAAGAACAGGACAAGAUGCAACGCGAGAAAGACAAGCUGGUCAAGCAGGAGCGCAAGGACAAAGAGAAGAAACGCACUCAGAAGGGAGAGCGCAAGAGAUAGAGAGGAAAUAGAAAAACUUUUGCAGACUAUAAUGCCAAGGUCAUUUACCUAGAAGAGAAAAAACAUUGAGACCUCAGCAGACACUGUCCCAACUAACAAUGUAUGCAUCCAUAUCUGAUUUUGGGUCUGAUAUUGUUUAUUGAAAGAUAAUGUUAGGGCUAAUGAGCUGUUUUCUUGGUUUGUACAAAACUAAUCGCAAACUAAGUGAGAAUUGUAUCGUUACCCAUUCAUUUAUUACAGGUGCUGGCUGCUGUGCUACUUAUUUAAGGGUAAAUUGCACAAAACUGUCAAAAACAUGUUCAGGUCACAUUUUAACCCUAUAAUCUACUAGAUUUGACUAAUUUGUUCCAUCUUUCUAAAGGGUUAGUUCACCCAAAAAUUUAAAUUCUGUCAUCAAUUACUCACCCUUCAUGUCGUUCCAAACCCGUAAGACUUUCGUUCAUAUUUGGAACACAAA